AGAGCAAACAGUGGGAGCGAUUGGAGAUGGGUAUAUACCCAGGAGUGGAAUUGUUGGGUCAUAUGAUGGGAAAGCUGACAACCAUGCCAGCAGCUCUAAUAUGUGCAUCUAUAAGUGUGCAUGCGGCCAAAGAAGAGGAGUCCAGAAAGCAUCUAGUGAAACCAGAGCAGCUCCCCGUAUAUACUGCACCACCUCUCCAGUCUAAAUAUGUUGAUGAGCAGCCUGGUCAUUUACAAAUGGGCUUUGCGUCCAUUCGCACUGCAACUGGUCGUUAUAUUGGCUGGUGCAAGGGUGUUUAUGUCUUCGUGAAAUAUGGGAUAAUGGAUACAGUACAAUUUGGAAAAGAUGCAUAUAUCUAUUUGAAGAAUCCACCUCGAGAUUUUCUUCCGAAAAUUGGAGUGAUUACAGUUUCAGGAUUGGCAGGCUUCAUUUCAGCAAGAAAAGGUUCUAGGUUUAAGAGAAUUGCUUAUCCACUGGGACUGGCCACUUUAGGAGCAACUGUUUGCUACCCUGUUCAAUCAGUAAUAAUUGCAAAGGUAACUGGGAAAAAGGCAUAUGCUACAAGCCAGCAAAUUUAUGAAGCAGUUAAAUCAUUGUGGACAAAAAACAACAAAAAAGAGUCACUUCCUGAACCUAAAGAAAAAACUAAGGUAGAAUUUAAAUGGACCAAAAAGCUAGGAAGCUCUGAUGAAAUAGAAAUACCUGCAAAAACAACUCACAACCUGAAACAUUCAGUGCCUUUGUCAGCAGAACUCAGCUCUGAAACAAAGACCAAAUCAGAAUCCACCUCAGGUGCUACACAGUUUAUGCCUGACCCCAAGCUCAUGGAUCACGGGCAGUCCCAUCCAGAAGAUGUAGAUAUGUACAGCACUAGAAGCUGAAAUAGUCUGCAUAGAGAACUACAAGAUGUGUGAAGUUGCGAAUAAUGAUGAAAAAAACAUGUAAAGGGUAACUGUGAUGCAUGGAGUAUAAUUUAAACCAAGUUUUUCCCUUACAUCUUCUAAUGUACAGUUAGACAAAUCACGUAAGUGAUUAAAACUCAAAUUGAAUACAAUCCGAACAAUAUUAAAUGAUCGAUGAGGAGGCAGAGAUAGAAGUAUUAGGAUGCAUUUGUGAUUUUUAAGGGUAUUUAUAAAAAAAUAAAAAUAAAUAUAUGAACACUGAUGAGACUAAAAUCUGAAAAAAUACGUAUGUGUGUAUAUAAUUAUGUAUACAUAUGCACAUAUAUAUUUGCUUUAGCUUUUAAGAAUUAAUGUCAGCUAAAUUAGAGUUGUGUGUGGAAGGAUAUGUUCCCUCCCUCUCUGUUUUUCAUUUCCCAGAGCUGG